AUGGAAAAGAACAUGUGCUAUCGGCAACGAAGGAGAAAAGAAGUCGUCUACGACGAUUGCGUACUCGAGGACUCCCUGUCCCAAGGUGACUGGCACAUCGAGGAGGACCCAAACGUGGACUACGAGAUGCUGCUCAGAGGAUUACGAGCCUGUGCUGAACGUGCCUCGAAGUCGCGCACGACAAACUUGGAUCGAAUUUCGAAGACCACCAAGGAAUUGUUAGGAAGAAGAAGGGCUUUGAGGCUUGAUCCGAAUGCAUCGCACAUUGAGCGGUUAGUAGCAAACACUAGCUGCAGAAAAGCGUUGCAGGAGGAUCUUUUGAAGUACAGGCAGAAGAAGAUUCUAGAAGCAGCACAAAGAAGAACGAGUCUAAAGAAGUGCCGCAGGGAUCUCCGCGAAUAUAAUAUUCCGCUAGCAACCUUGCUGAGCGAAGACGGGACUCGCACGUCUUCUCGUCGUGAGAUGGAAAUCAUUACGGAGAGGUUCUACUCAAACCUUUUCCGUUCAUCAACUCCUGUGUCAAGCCCAAUCAUCCCCACUGGCGAAGCUCCACCACGGAUUCUCCCUUCGGAAGUACGAGUCGCUAUCAAGAGCAUGAAACCUGGCACAGCUCCCGGACCUGAUUUUAUAUCAGCAGACUUUCUUCGGGCUGGUGGCCAUCCGCUUCAUGUAAUCUUAGCAGCGCACAUGACAUCCUAUCUUCAGAAAGAAAGGAUCCCAGACCAGUGGAAGACCUCGCGAACCGUUCUUAUCCAUAAGAAAGGUGACCGAGAGGACCUUCGGAACUACCGUCCGAUAUGCUUGCUGAGCGUGUUAUACAAAGUAUUCACCAAGAUCAUCCUCACACGCAUAUCUAGGACGCUGGAUGAAGCCCAGCCUCAAGAACAAGCUGGAUUCCGCCAAGGGUUCAGCUGCUUGGACCACAUCCAGACCGUGUCGAGGGUCAUAGAGGUUUGCCGGGAAUACCGCCUGCCCCUAGUUCUAAUCUUCGUCGACUAUGAGAAAGCCUUUGACAGCGUAGAAACGAAUGCAAUACUGUCAGCGCUGGUCGAUCAAGGUGUGGACGCGUCGUAUGUGAGGACAUUAGCCAAUUGCUACGAACGAUGCACGACUAGGAUACAGCUUUUCCACCGCCCUCUCACCAUACCCAUUGGAAAGGGGGUACGACAAGGCGAUACUAUAUCGCCGAAGCUGUUCACGGCUGCAUUGCAAUGGAUAAUGAAAUCACUAUCCUGGGAAGAAAGGGGCAUACGUGUUGAUGGAAGAUUUCUUUCGAACCUUCGUUUCGCGGACGACAUCGUUCUCUUUUCGAGCACUACCAAUGAAGCAGAAACGAUGCUCAACGAAUUGAACGAAGCAGGGAAGAGAAUAGGACUACGAAUAAACAGAAAGAAGACACAGUUCAUGAAGAACGCCUACGGCGAGGACGGAGGAGUACAACUUGAAGGCUCCAAAAUCGUGGAAACUCCGUCAUACGUAUACCUUGGACGUUCUAUGAACAUGGAAAACGACUUGAAGGAAGAACUGAAUAGAAGAAUGAGAGCAGCAUGGGCAGCAUUCGCAGCCGUCAGGGAAGCUACGGACCAACUGACGGACCAUGAUCUUCGUGCCCAUCUGUUCGACUCGACAGUCCUUCCAGCGCUCUGUUACGCAGCGGAGACGUGGGCAGACACCGCAGCCACGUCUAGGAAGCUACUUACUACCCACAGAGCCCUUGAGAGAUGUCUCCUGAAGUUUAACCGGCGCACACAACACCUUGCCGGUCUUCGUAGCUCUGAUUAA